GCGUGCUCCACACGCAGACGAUGACGAGUCUCUCACACUCUCUUCGUCCCCUUUCUCACCCCCUCUAAAAAUCGGUGUACACCACUACACUACCGCGCCAACUCUACGUUACCGGUUAUCGCGUUUAUCGAGACAACUUCUGUGCCACACUAAUGCCAAGAGGAAGAGUUGUUGUCGAAGUUUUGUUGAUCUCCCGCUAGAAUUAUCGUAGCGAUACGAGCCGUUGUGAACGGAACGAGAUAAUUAUGUAUUAUUUCUCGUCGGCGAUGAGAGAAUCUAUCAGAUGAUAAUGCACAAAUAUCUUGUACAGAUGUACAAUUAUCUUGUCACACCGCUUUUUUACGACCAUGAAAAGGGAAGAUUGAAAGAUUUAUGCUACACCAAAAAAAAAAUGCAUAAAAUUAUUUCUGGCUUGUUAUUGCUGAUUUAUAUCACUCUCCCGGGCUCAUACGGCAGUUAGUUCUCGGCUGCUGAGCUUCUUAGAUCUUUAGCAUCCUUGGGCUUGACAUAAUCAUUAUCGAAAAACCAACAAGGCUUUCAUAACAACCCUUUAUCUCAAAACACAAAUUACGUUAUCCAAGGACGAUUGGCGUCGCCACCGAUGUCUUCAAGAAUUAUCUGGAUUGUUGAACGUUGGGCGGCGCCGAUAAAAGCUCGCGAAAGAUCUGUGCCAACUUCGCGAACUCUUGUCGGCGGCCGUAACGUUGCAAACUGUUCGCGAUUUCAUUUUUUUUAUUUUUGUAAAAUAAAAAAAAAACAUCCCGGUUAUAAAAAUUAUUUGAAUUAAAAUCAAACGGCUAAAAGCUCACCGAUGUUCGCAUUGUUCGUGUCAGCUGAAACGUUAAGCUUCUACGUCCAGAUGUAAUUCUGCAAUAACACGCGAAAUUAAGGAAAUUGAGUUUGCGGCGUCGUAAUCUCUUUUCUUCUUCAACGGGGACUAUGGAAGAUUAACUUGGCAAACAUUACGAGCGAAUAUUCGAGAAUUUAUAUUUGAAAUAUUAUUCUAACAUAGUCUAGCCUUAGAAUUCUGUAUUGACUUUCACAUUAGUAGUGACCUCUUUUUUCAGGGUCUUGUAUAGAAACCAUACUUUACUCUUUCCAUGACGAGUGAAGCGUAGAAGGUUUUUUUAGUCUCUAUACCUAUGUUUAAAUUUCAUGUGGCAUGAUAGAGUCGCCAUUAUUCGAGCAUUCAACUUCCGAACGAUUUAUUCUCGACCUAUUUCACUUCUAAUACUAUUUUAACUAAAGAUAAGACCGUUUUUAAAUUUAGAUCCGUUGCAUUCGCUGUUCAAUCAAUUAGAGGAAAGAAUCGUAAUGUGAUAAUAAUAAUAAUAAUUAAGAAAAAUAUCGUGAACAAUUCUAUACACAUGAGAGAGUCGAAACAAAAACAAAAAAAUAAAAGAAUAAACUACAGCCAAUUGUUGUUCUUCUACGUUUCAGAAGUUCUCGUUCAUUGUUACAGAAUUCUAACAUGCUCGUUUGUCGGUUCGCGUAAUGGGGGCUCCAUCGUGCUAAUGUUAACAGUCACGACAGACUUGGUCCUUUGAAUCUCUCACAAGUAACUUAGCUUAGUAACCAUCGGUAGAACAGCGUGUAUCAGCUCUCGAGACUCGCAUACCAAUCACGAGGACACUCCUCGCGCGCUCUCUUUUAUCUGACAAUGAGCUAUGUUCUAAAGUGUUCACCCCCGAGUUAAUAACACUUACUUAUCGAUCAUAUAAGCUACUGACGAAAACGACCUCACGACCAUUUUAUAAAUUCUUCUCUCGAGAACCUAACUGUGUUGCAAAUGCAUCCAGGUAAUUCCGGCCUAAGUGGCGGUGCCUUUACUUUAUGACAAUUAUGUGUAACAACAAAGGUAAAAAGAAAAAAAAAAAAAAGAGAAAGAAAAAGGAAAAAAGAAGAAAAAAAAACGGACGUCUUCCCCGCUUAUCUUAUAUAGAUCUCUAUGUAUCCGAGAAUGCAAUGCAAGGCUUUGUGCCAUGCCAUUUAUCAUAUAUACAUAAUUCACACUCGCUCUUAAACCUAUUCUUGUACAUAUAUACUACACACUCUCGGUCUCAUUAACAAUCGAUAAUCAGACACUACCGAUACUGUUGUUAUGAUUACUCGAACUUUUUGGCUGCGGCGCUCGCAGGCUUACCACUGAUUGCUCAUUCCAUUCGAAAUCAUGUCUCCCUCUCAAAGUCAGGUGCACAAAUAAGCCCGCAGUAGCAUUGCACGGAGAAUAAAGGAAAACCGGGGAACUGGUAAUGGUGUAUCCGGUUUAUACGAUUUGUACGGAAACAAUUAGAUUCCAAGCGAGACGAUUCACAAUGAAAUUCUAUCAAUUACACCGCUAUCGGCAAAAGAACCAUUAGAAAUCGCGAUUGCGAGAAAAAUUUUAUUACGCUGUCACAAUCGAAAGAUAUUUGUGAGAAAAGUAAAGGCAAUUUCUCUUUAGGAUAUUUGUUAAUAUGUAAAAUUAAAUUUGUGGUAUCACUAUCACCUACGUUGGAAGUACCUUAUUGCUCACUUUUGUGUGACACAAAUAAUAUCACAUAAGCACGAUUCCCCUCACGAGGGCCGCGUGCCAUUGACAUCCUCGUAAGACGACACACUUGGUACUUGUUGCUCGAUGUGCCAUCGCUGUGACUUAUUUGUGUGCGUGUCCAGUACUCUUUAUCACUCUCAUGAGAUCAUGCUGAUUUUUGUAAAUUAUUUUUGCCGACUGUUCGUUCCGCAUAAAGUGAUGGGCAAUUCAAAUUGUGCAAGCUCGCUUGUGGACGCGGGCGGCUAGGCACGGGUGAGUAAGCUGGCGGUGCGUCGCAUGUUGCGAUGUGUGAAAGCGUUUUUUCCUUCACACGUGACGCCUCCGUCUUGAUCUCUCUUCUUUCUUUUUUUUUUUAAAUUAGAAAGUGGAUUGGACGUCACGAUUACAAAAAUGCGCGAGCGAAUAUAUCAUUAUGACAUGAUUUUUUGACUGAACCACGACUGUGUUUCCAAACUAGGUAAAGUUUUACAGAGUGAGUGAGAUAAGAGAGGAGGCAGGCGUCGUCGGGCCUUAUACCCCCUCUCGCCGUGUACACGUUACCCUCCACCUUUGGUUGUGGACAACCACUUGACAACAAGCAGUUCAGAGUCAAUUGAUUGGAUUUGGUGGAUAAUCCAACGUACGUACAUAUGUCGUGAACAAAGCAAAGAACAAAUAGAUCUCUGUGAGAAUAAGACGAAAUACUGAAUCAAGAGGAGUGAGUGGGGAGGCAUAGAGGCUACUGUAGUUUCGGAACACAGCCAUGGUCUCCCUACCUCCCAGUCUGCAGAAACAGGUCAGCGUUAUGAGUAUGAACUUGAGUGCCAAGCUGGACGAGCUGCAGCGGGGUGACCGCCAGCUGGAGACCACCGUCGCUCUCUGCGAGAUCCGCACGCAGCUGCAGGAACUCACGAAGAGCGUAGAGUCGUGUCAGAGCGAAGUCAGCGAGGUGAAGCGGGACAUGGUCGCGAUUAAGCACGAACUAGAUACGGUACAGCAGGUUAAAGAAGAGAUUGAAGAGUUACGAGAAUACGUGGAUCGACUGGAAGAGCACUCUCAUCGGCGGAAACUUAGGCUUUUGGAGCAGGGAUUGACGCUUUUCCUAUCGUAUGCAAUACUGGCAGCCGUAUUGGGUAUGUUGCAGUUCGGAUACAACACCGGAGUGAUUAACGCGCCUGAAGUGAACAUAGAGAAUUUUAUGAAAGAUGUGUACAAGGAUAGGUACGGGGAGGACAUUUCGGAUGAUUCUGUUAAGACACUGUAUUCGGUGGCCGUGAGCAUAUUCGCGAUCGGUGGUAUGGUAGGUGGUUUCAGUGGAGGAACCAUCGCCAACAGAUUUGGCAGAAAGGGAGGCUUACUGCUAAACAACGUGCUGGGCAUCGUGGGGGCGUGCCUGAUGGGUUUUACGAAGCUCGCUGAAUCUUAUGAGAUGCUGUUCUUUGGACGGUUCAUCAUCGGUGUCAAUUGUGGCUUGAACACCUCGUUGGUUCCCAUGUACAUAUCGGAAAUAGCGCCAUUGAACCUGAGAGGCGGCCUAGGCACGGUGAACCAGCUCGCUGUUACGGUGGGCCUCCUGGUCUCCCAGGUGCUGGGCAUCGAGCAAAUCCUUGGAACAAACGAGGGUUGGCCCGUUCUCUUAGGACUAGCUAUCUGUCCUGCCAUUCUACAGCUACUGCUGCUUCCAGUUUGCCCGGAAUCUCCAAGAUAUUUGCUCAUUACCAAACAAUGGGAGGAAGAGGCUCGAAAAGCUUUGAGAAGGUUGAGAGCCAGUAACCAAGUAGAAGAAGACAUUGAGGAGAUGAGAGCGGAGGAACGAGCUCAACAAGCUGAGUCUACGAUCUCGAUGACAGAGCUUAUAUGCAGCCCAACUUUAAGAGCACCUCUCGUUAUUGGUGUGGUUAUGCAACUUUCGCAGCAGCUUUCGGGUAUUAAUGCCGUAUUUUAUUAUUCCACGAAUCUGUUCACUAGUUCUGGUUUAACGGACGAGAGUGCCAAGUUUGCAACCAUUGGCAUAGGUUGCAUCAUGGUUUGUAUGACACUAGUGUCUAUCCCGCUGAUGGAUAGGACAGGAAGGCGUACGUUGCACUUGUAUGGUCUCGGUGGCAUGUUUAUCUUUUCAAUAUUCAUCACAAUCUCGUUUCUCAUAAAGGAGUUUUUCGGCUAUGUGCAGGAAAUGAUAGACUGGAUGUCGUAUAUCUCGGUGGUAUCAACCCUGUGCUUCGUCGUGUUCUUCGCCGUGGGUCCCGGAUCAAUACCGUGGAUGAUCACGGCCGAACUGUUCUCGCAAGGCCCUAGACCCGCUGCUAUGUCCAUCGCGGUUCUCGUCAAUUGGAUGGCUAAUUUUUUGGUUGGCAUCGGUUUUCCAAGCAUGAAGACUAGCCUUGAAAACUACACGUUCCUACCGUUCAGUGCAUUUCUAGCUAUCUUCUGGAUCUUCACCUACAAGAAGGUUCCUGAGACCAAGAAUAAAACAUUCGAAGAGAUUCUAGCUUUAUUCAGGCAUGGUAACGACAGGAGCAGCUUGCGGGACAGCAGACUUUAUGGUUGUGUUUGCAGCUGGAUCCGAGCGCUCUUCCGUCGCUCCCGCUCAGCCGGAGAGACCACCGCCCCCGCUUCCCCCGCCACGCUUUCCGAACAGCGGUGUCUGACAAUGGGAAACAGCUCCUCUUAAUAUCGGUAACCUAGUGAUCAUGAACGCGCCGAUACCGUUACCGCUGCUGCUCACCACCAGCAGCCUCAGCCUGGAGACGCAGCUUUACGAGAUCAUCACCGAGAGCAGCAAGGCGUGCGCGGCCUUUCUGCGGAACAGCCUGCGCCGCGCGACCAGUCUCGGCUGGAGCGCGACCGAGAACUUCGAGACGACGACGACGACGACGACGACGAGCGAGAUAAUGAUGUACAACGAGCACUGAGCGAGAGAACCGCAGCGGGGCGGCCGCGGGUGUCGACGCGAUCGUCGAUCGCGAUCGAACGACUGCAAUUCGCGAGGCGGAACGUCGCGAGAGAUCUUUUGAUCGGCAUAUUUUCAGCGAUGCGGGAACGAGCGUCCCUUGGUUGGUCGAUCGCGUCUCUCUGUCUAUCUCUGCGUGAGCUAAGUCAGGCUCGGCGAAGGGCACAGGGGGUCGAUCGGAGUGAUUGCCGAAUGAGCGUGUACUCGAACGCUGAAAUGUAACAACGCGAUAUUUUUUUCCAAAUGAUACAACUGAGACGGAACGCUGUUUCUCUUAAUCGUUUCGCGAUAUCUAUUGAAGCUAUGUAGCUAUCACUUUCAUCGUCGUUCAACAAAUAUUCUAGUGUUUCGUUUACCGCGCAUUGAAAUUAUUCCGAUCGAGCUUACGUGCCUCGCAAUGGUGCUCAGCGACGAUAAAUUAAUUCAGGAGGUCGCGAAAUGUUUCGAAAAUAAAAUAAAUACGUUACGAGAGAAUACGCCUGAAUCAGCGCUCGGUCGCUUAGCGGGCUGAUUUCGAAAGAUGUCGAGUUGAUGUUGAAGCAGAGGCGGCACGAUCCCCCUGGCAAGAGCGCAGUGGAGCGCUUUCCGCUCUUCCUCAGACGGCAGGAGACACCGUGCGCGCGCGCGCGCGCGCGCGUUGACGAAAGGACGAUGAGACGAGCACGCGAUCGAGAUAGAUUAAUCGAAAUGUUGCGAAAGUGAUUUGUGCCUAGAUGUAUGCUUGGAAAAGGGGAACAUACGAGAAUUGCCACGUACUACGAGUAACUCGGACUUCGUGCGACAUCGAAGGAUAUCGAAACGUGAAUCGGCAGACGCGACAGCGGGGGCGACAAGCUCGCGAAAGGGGGAUGCUCUUCGUCCGAAACCCUCCCCGCGUCGCAAACUCCCCCCCCCCCUCUUCGUUCACGGACGGGGGCGAACGUGUAUCUAUAUAUAACUUCACUUUUAUAUCAUUGAUUUUCUAGGACUCAUGUCGGGACUACGUGUCGUUUUUGUAUCACACUGUCCUCUGUACGAUUCAUCGCACCGUGUUGUGUAUUAUUAGGCCGUGCGCUGUUACUUCCGCGACGACGGGACGACGAAUGGGAUAAAGGGUGUACUGUGCGCGCGACUGCCAUUGCAACCCGCAAAACAAAUUCAAAAGAUUACGAACUGCCCUCGAGACACUGUGAUAUUUUCUUUUCGUCACUUCCGGCGUUCGAUCCCGGAAUUAUCGAGAGCGAGUGUACGCUGCUUGCCGAAUUCGUUCACUUCGCGAAAGGGAUAGUCUCGAUUGCUUUCUGAAUAAAUGAGGAUUACAAUGAUUCGAAGUGUUUAAAAGUGAGAGGAUGAAAUGAUAGAAAAAUUUGUCGCUUAGAGCAUUUUAAUCCCUAUGAAAAAUUGGAGAGUUAAAAGGAAUGGAAAUUACAGAAAUGCCAGUUCCUUUUACUUCACCCAUUUUCGAAGGUACAAUUUUGAGGCGAGGCUAGCGAUUUUUGGUUGAAUUUUUCGGAAUCAGGAGACAGGAAAAGGAAUACCUGCCUUUAUAAGUCGCGGUGUGUAACAGUGCGUUAACGAACAAGUAUCAUAGCGACUCUCGUAUCAAAGAUCUCAAAUUGGGCAUCGACCAAUUGCAUUAAAUUAAUGUUAAAAAAAAGAAUCACACGAGAUUAGCUUAUCUUUCGAUUAGCCGCGAAUUAACGACGUACGCGAUCACGUCGAACUCAUACGGUGCCUCUCGACCGCAGUAUAUUCACGAACCAAUCAACCAUAUUUUAUCUUAUAAAACGCAGGGUACACUACAGCACAUUUUUCGUUUCGGUCGAAUGAAUGUGUCGAUUCCUAAUAUAAUUACUCACGCCUCGGAUACUUCUGCAAUAUAUUUCUCCGCCGAUCGGAGUAUAUAAACCUAAAAGGUCUAAACUGGAGAACAUAAUUUUGCAAAAGAAACAAAAAAUAAAAUUCAAAAACAUUUAUUUUGCAAAAUUAUAAAUUUCUAAUCUCCAAAAUUGGUUCUUUAUCAAGAGAGUUUUAUUUCGAUCCUGAAUUAUUGCUUCUCAGUCGACUCGACGAUUGUCGGUGCGUUCACCGCGACGGGAAUCGGCACCACCUCGGCCGAAUCGCGAAAUCAAUAACAGCAGCCUGUCUGCGCAGAGGCAUGCCUUUUCUUACUCCGCCAUUGAUCUUUCUUCCCUCCCUGUUAUCGAUCUUUUUAACGGAAGUGCACGCGAUUCGAUAUUUCGGGACUCCGAGGGAGACGAUAAUCCCUCCCUAACGUACUGUACAUACGUGUAUAUACUUGUAUACUUCUACCGUACUUGAGAGAGACGUCGCUGAACCAGCAAGUGUAUAAUAAUCCUAUAUAACCGGAAAUAGCGUACUCCGUUUCUCGCUAAAGUAGCAUUAUCGACGAGUGACAAACGUGGACGAGUAUAUAUCUCCAUCGAUUCAGAGCCGUUUUAGAUUCUAAAUAUUUCGAUCGAAAUACUAAUCGAGCAUCGUGACACUCUUUUGAGAAACCCAUUCUCUUUCGCAAUAACACGAAUCGACGAAAUUGGCGGUAAUUGCAUUUGUGGCUAUCGUUCUAUCGUUUGUCGUUUUUACGUUGCACUCAUGUCUGCUACAUGAAAAAAAAAAGCUCGGGCGAAACGCGCGGGCGCGAUCUGAUGAAUUCGUAGACUCGUAAAUCGUUGGAUCGGUAUGGAUCCAUGAGUAUUGUGCAAAGACGACUUACCCCUCUCGCUCUUCUGACAAUGACGAAUGAAUCCAUGUAUCCAAACGUUCAUAAAUAUGACUCGAUGAAAUUCAGCCUGUGUCUCGAUCGGACCACGCUGUAACAAAAAAUUGAAAGGAAUCGAUGAACAUUUAUCUUGUAGUAUUACGAAACUUUAAUCACUUCAAAAUCACUAAGUAACGCUUGACAUCUUUGAAUUUCUUUCUACUCUAUUCUAUUCAUUUCAUUCUUCUACAAUAACUCGAAUGAUUCAUUAACAUUAAAAUUAACUCUUUCAGCAAAAGUAAGAUAUAAUAUUUCUUUUAUAACAAUUAUUUGAUUUAUUUUGCUAAAUUUUAUUUCGUCAAAAUCUAUAAAGAUUAAACUAAUGUGUUAACAGUAAAAAAAAAGAAUGUCAAAAAUGCUUCUAUUAAUCUAUAAUUUUGAAAGUUAGUCCCAUAACUGUACGGGAUGAAUUUCUGGCUAUUUCUUUCAAAGCAGCUCUAUUUUGCACGGUGAACGCGACUUGAAUCGGCACGCUGUUUCGAAUAUCGCGACGUAAACGCAAUAUAAUAUUUAGAAUAGAGAGGAUAACACUGAACACACUGAGAAAGAAGUAUCCAAAUGGAAAUCACGUGCGAAACGCGUCGUAUAUCAUUCGAAUGAGUAACCAAGGAAGUUUUUAAUUAUAAGCUGUCCAAAACAUACAGAAUCAGUGAGAAAGGCAAUAAAAGCUAUAUUGAACUGAAAAAAAUCUAUGCUAAAGUAGAUCUCCUUGCAUUAUGAGUAUUAUCAGAGAAUCCAGAAUACUAUAUUAAUUAUCGAUAACUAUAGGAUAGGCGUAUAUAUACAUAUAGAAACUAUAUAUAGCUACUAGAUGAUAGUAGCACGGCGUAACAAGCUAAUUAAUAUAAUUGGAAACUUCACCAAAACGGGCGAAUAAACUCUCUCUCUCUUUCUCUCUCUCUCUCUCUCUUUCACACCUGUGCAAUGAUUGUAUAAUAAUUAUAUCGCGGACCGAGUAUCGCCAAUAUAUCUCCAUUUUGAAAUCAUUACAAGCUUAUAACAAAAUCUAACGAACGCGGUAACCAUCGAGAGACGGAUGUACGUCCGAUUAUUUUGACUCAAACUAGACGCGUUGAGUCCGAAAAGAUACUCGACGUGUAUCUUGCGUUACGCCGCAGUAAAAAAAAAAAGUUGCGAACGCGCGUUCGGUAUUAUUGUAGCUGUAAAACUAUCCGACUUCAUCGUGCUGCGACAACCUGCGAAACCUUCUUUCAAUCACCACCUUACCGAGAAAAGGCAUGCUGCGAUAUGUGUUCACGAAAGACAGAUGAUUGGCACCAAAAGAAGAAAAAAAAAAAAAAGGAAUAUCACACGCGCGGCAAUUUCUAUCCUCGAGAUACAGUGUGCCGUAUAUAAAAUCAGAGUUCUCUUACUGAGAUCUGUAAGUGAGUUACGAAAGGCUGUGUUUCCCCUCUGCGCGCAUUGCACGUAGAGCGUAUUACUUCGAGAGAGCGUCAGCGGGAGUCAGCCCUUCAUAACCCCUUAUGUAAAAAAGAAUUCACUUAUCUGUAAUUGACCCACGUAUAAUACUAUAACAAAUAAUUCGUUUCUAAAAAAAAUUGUAAUAACAUAUACAUAUAUACAUAUAUUAUUGAAAAUGGCUACCUUAAAAAUCGCGAAGACCUAAUAAUGUAUUUCGCACUCACCACGACUUUGAUAAGAAAAUAAGCAAUGAUCGCAUCGCAAUGGUUUCGAGUCAAUGACACAAUAUUAAACUCAUUGAGUAUUACAACGUUCAUAGAGCCUUAAAAGAAACGAAAAAAAAUAAAUAAAAUAAAAGAAAAGAAAAAAAGCACGCGAAAUUUCGAACAGUCCAGCAAAGUAAGUGAUUACAAUAACGAUUUGUAAAAUAAGUUCACUGCCACUCAAACGACUUGCGCCCCCUAGGUGAGCGCCAAUAUUCCGAGAUGUGAAUGUGUACAGUUAUGUGAAAAGUAUAUUAUAUAAUAACGUAAUUAUAUUUACAUAUAAAUGAUAUUAAUUAGCAUUAUGUAAAACUAAAUAGCAUGUAACUGACACUAAGAGUGGUAUACAUACGUAGGAUAUAGGCAACAAGAAAAAAAAAAGAACACAUUGAUUGCAGAGCUAUUCCAAGGAAAACAUUUACGCCCGCUCAUUUGUAUAUUAUGAUAUUAAAAAUUAGCACUAACAUAAGUUCUCUCCGCUGAACGAUAAUCAAGUUCGAUUGGUACACACUUUCCUUUCGCUUCUACAGUGUGAAAAGGGGCGUCUAUUUUUAGCUGUGAUUAUAAGUUUUCUGAUGACUCCAAACGAGAGAUGUGUAACAGUUCUGAUGAGAUUUGAUCAUAUAUUUAAUCAGCUUUCCAUUGUGAGCGUGAUCGACGAUGCCGCGUAAUAAUGUAUGUUGUUUCAGAUUAAUGUGUUGUUUAAUACUUUGCAAUUUUUCUCUCAUAUAAAACAUGAUGUUCUGUGUGAUUCGCAUUUGUUAAAUGUUAUGUAAUCAAGUUCUUUUUAUAAAAGCCCUUACAUUCUCUG